UUUCUUGUGAAUGGGCAUUAUCAUGGGUGAACAAUCUGGAAGCCAAAGAAUUGUUUAAUUUUUUAAAUCCUUUUCUUAAAUUACCUGAUCGUCGUACUUUUGGUGAUCGAAUUUUAAAACAAACUAUAGCUAAAUUUGACAAAACGAUGGAAAUUGCACUUAAAGAUGAUUCAGUAGGUGUAACUUUAUGUUUUGAUGGAUGGACUAAUGUACAAAAAGAACAGCUAUUAGGAACUAUAAUAAAAACAUCUGAUAGAAAACCAUAUAUCUGGAAAGCAGUUGAUAUUGGAACAGAACAGGAAACAUAUGUUGAGGUGAUAGCCAAAACUGAAAAUAUGCUUAAUGAACUAAAGACAAAAAAUAUUACUGUAUAUGUGAUUGUUACUGAUAGUGCAGCAACAUAUGCAGCAGCUUGCAUUUUAAAAACACAAAAAGCAUUGCAAAUAUUAGCUGUUAAAUAUGAACCACCACUUUUAGAAAGUCAUCACAAACCAGGAAAUAAUCUUACAUUACUCAGAGAAAUAUUUGAAAUUAUUAUGUCUGAUAUCUUUUGGGAUCAACUUGUACAUAUUGUUGAAAUCCUUGAGCCCUAUUGCAAACUGCUUAAUAUCUUACAGUGUGAUAAAGCACGAUUAUUUCCAGUAGUGCAUAGUUUAAGUUAUCUUGUUCAAUUUUGGCAAAAAUCUUUAUAUAGUGUACUUGCGACACAAUUAAUUACUCGAUUGGAACGACGUUGGGAAGGAUGGGAACAACCAAUUCUCUUAUUGUCUUGUUUAUUACAUCCUGAAUAUCGAAUGAAAAAAUUUAGUAAUAUAUGCUCCAAAAUUAACUAUUUAGAGUUUGGAAAAUGGCUUAUAUAUUACUAUCGGGCAUGGUCAGGAAAGGAACCAACAUGUAUUCUUUGUGAAUUUGAUGAUUUUCGGCUAGAAAAAUAUCCAUUUGAUUAUGAUACAUAUAAACAGUUUAAUGGAGAUGUUUGGCGCUAUUGGGGUUAUGUAAAUGUUUCAACAAAUGAACUGGGUUUUGUAGCCUGUAGAAUUUUUGGAAUAUGUGUAAAUGCAGCUUCUGUUGAAUGGCUUUGGAGUUGUAUGGGUUUUUUACAAAACAAUCGACGCAAUCGGUUAAUGUCAUCGAAAAUACUUGAAAUGAGUCAAUUAAGUUCUGAUAUUAUAUAUAACUAUCGUCUUUAUUUCAAUUCUUCAAUGGUGACAAUUACAUCAGAUGAAUCAUCAUCUACUACUAUACUAGAUAAAAAUAUCAAAUCAUUUAACACUAACGAUCAAAAUAAUGAUUUUGACAAUUCAAACAAUGCAGAUGCUGAAGAGAUGAACAAUGUGGAAGAAGAGGAUUUAGAUUAUAAAGCAGAUAGUGAAAUAAUAAAUGAAGACUCUGGUGGUGAAACUGAAUUGCAGACAGGUUUCUUGAAAAAUAACUUUCAUGAGUAUCUUCAAGGUUGGGCAAACAUGUUAGAGAAGGAAAGACAAGAAACUUUUGAAGAAGGG